UGCUGUAUUUCUUUUGCCUUUUUCGGGUCUUUGCUAUGUGGAAUGGCAGGGUUUUAUUUUUCAGAAUAGACCUGACUGGAAAUGGUAUCUUUAAACGGCUGAUUUCUAGAGAGCAAAGUCCAGGGCUGACGCCUUUUUCCUGAGCGGAUAUAUCAAGCACGUAAAGUCAUUUCAUCUGGUGUGAUUAAAGGAAGCCUAACUAGAACAACAAGAUCUGUACAGGGAGAAAAUGGCACCUGCUGCCAGAGACUUUACUAGCCGACAUGAACCGCUCCCAUCUCAGAGACCAGACAACACUGCCUUCACUCAACAGAGGCUUCCUGCCUGGCAGCCACUCCUUUCUGCUAGCAUUAUCUUGCCACUGUUCUUCUUAGUAGGGUUAUCUUUUAUAGGCAUUGGCAUUGGAUUAUAUUAUUCAUCCAACAGUAUUACAGAGUAUGAGUACGACUAUACUGGUACGAGCACAAAUAAUUCCUGUUACCUAUGUGCUACCAACGGCUCAAAACCUUGCAACUGCAGUAUCCCUUUUACCUUAAAUUCGUUGUUUUCGGGUCCAGUCUUUAUGUACUAUGAGCUAUCCAAUUUCUAUCAGAAUCACUAUCGUUACAUGAUAUCUAGAGACGAUACUCAGUUGAGUGGAUUCCUGGAUAAUCUAAAGAACCCAUCUAAUGACUGUUUCCCAUAUAGAGUGAAUUCUGAGCAAAAACCAAUUGCUCCAUGUGGUGCUAUUGCUAACAGCAUGUUUAAUGAUUCUAUUACCUUGUAUUACUUCAACAGUACUGGAAUGUAUGAGGAAGUGCCAUUAAAUGGAAAAGGGAUUGCAUGGUGGACCGAUUACAACAUUAAAUUCCAGAAUCCGAAAGAUGGCAAUAAAACCUUAGCUCAGAUCUUUGAAGGUUAUGGGACAGCAAAGCCCAUGAAUUGGUCACAGCCUGUAUAUGAACUAUCAACUGACCAGACUAAUAACGGCUUCCAAAAUGAAGACUUUAUCGUAUGGAUGAGAACAGCAGCCCUGCCUACUUUUCGGAAGUUAUACCGUAGAAUUGACAGUGGCAAGUUUUCAGCUGGUCUGCCCCCAGGAAAUUACAAACUUGAGAUUCAGUACAAUUAUCAAGUUAUAAGUUUUGGAGGAAAAAAGAAAAUUGUCUUCAGCACCGUAUCUUGGAUGGGAGGGAAGAACCCCUUUCUGGGCAUAGCGUAUCUUGUAUUUGGUUCCUUAUGUACAUUAUUUGCAAUCAUAAUGCUCAUUGUGUUUAUAAAGUAUCAGGGGAAGAAUGAUGAUAUCUAACACAACCUAAACCUUAACACUGGAAAUGAUUUCAGAUUUGCCUAAUGUUUACAUGUCAAAAU